UGGCGCCAUAAGCAUUUUCUUCUUUGAGUUGAAAAGCUCUCCCAAUUGCAGUUCCAAAUCCUUCUCUAAAUUGAUUACUCGACUCUUCUCAAUCCAAGAAUUCAUCUUGUAAUACGGAAGCAGCAUUCUUGUCCAGGAAUCAACAUCAAUUCCUUGAUCGUUACGAACAAUCACUAUCACAAUGGCGGCAGGGAAUGGAAAUGAACCAACUAGGCAUCCAAAAGCAGAGGUAGCCGAGGAAGAAAAAGGCUGUCUCAAGCCCUUGAAGCCAGCUGAUUCAACUAAGGGACCAGCAGGAAUAUGGAAUGCGAACCCAGAAAAUGCUAAUGCAACUCAAAGUCCUGGAAGUGAUGUUUCGACACCUGCACUUGAGUCAGACACCAGAUCUAAACUUCCCGAGGUGAUAUCUGAAGUGCCGGCUGCUGCACAUCAACAAGGAUUGGAUGGACAAGACAAGGAUGGAUCCAAGCAAUACAUAAAUCAGGAACCAGCAGAGGCAGGGAAUUUGCACCCAGAAAAUGUAGGGCAGAGCAAUGCAAUUCAAAGUUUAGGAAGUGAUGUUUCGACACCUGCUCUUGAGUCAGACGACGGAUCUGAAUUUCCUAAGGUGAUCCCCGAAGUACCUUCUGCUACACAUCAACCCGGAUUGGAUGAACACGAAGAGGAUGCAAUUAAACAACACACAAAUCAGGGUUCAGAAAGAGCACCGUUGGAGGAAGAAGACAUGGAAGCCGUACGCACCUUAUUAAGCUUUCGGGAAGAGGAAAGACGUAGGUGUUUGGCAGCGGAUAUAAAGAGAUUGAAGAGGGAGAAUCUUGAUCUUGAGAUAGCGGCACUCGAAGAAUGCAUAAAGGGUCUACAGCUUGUAGAAGAAAAUAGAAAUCUGCUGGAUAAAUUGAGGAAGAAAUUACCACCAGAUGUCAUAGCAAGGCUUGAAGCUCAGGAUCCUGAUCGAGAAGAUCUAUACGUGCCUGUGAUACCACCAUGAUCGAGGAAAGUUCAUCAACAGCGCACCAGUGGGACCGACUCAGUAGCUUUGAAGCCUGCCAUUAUCAACUCUGAAAUUAAUAUUGGGAGCUCUUCUCUUGACUAAGGAUAUUUUCGCUGAAAGAAGUUUGUUUCACUUCUAUCCCCAAUACCUAUUUUACUUGUAUUACACGCCAUCAUUUACUUUUUUUUUUAUUCAAGUAGUGUAUUAAGUUUACGAUUUUAAGCGUCAAUGCAACCAG